AUGCGUCCGCCACGGCUUUUGCUUUUGAUUUUUUGUUUCAUCUUUCUGCCUAUUCUGCUGACCUUAUUAUCUCUCGUCACUGCCGAGCCUCGUCGUGGCGUUGUCGAGGGGGAGGCACCCAUCGCUGGUCGAUCGAGCCGAUUACGCGCUUUAUUUUCAUUCAAUACGCCAACAUCUUUAUUCCCACCUUCCGCCAUUAUUAGUUUGACUGAUGAUAACUCGACAUUUUUCCUCGCGCGGCCGGCAGCAUUCGGGCCCCUUCUCCCGUCGAAAGGCCUCAGCGGCCAACUGUGGAUAGGCAGCGGCUUCAACGAGGACACCCUCAGGAAGGGUGUAGGUACUGCAGGCUUCCAGGGAGAGCUUGGCUGUUCCGAUAUACCUGGAUGGGAUAAGGAUGAACAGUCAAAAAAAGAUCAAGUGUCAAAAGCAGCGCAUACCAAUUUGCCGGCUAGCCUUUCCACGGACAAGGAGAUGGUAGACAAGCGCAAAAGUGCUGAUACCAGCGCGGCGGACAAAAUCUCUGGACCAGCGCCAAAUGACGGAACCGAUGAUCAUCUACAUCAACCGAUUUCCGCGAGUAAAGAUGAGAAAGCAAGUGAGAAACAACCUCCCACGCACGCGGAUAUCCAGUCGUUGCAAGAGAGCGCCGAGAUCGCCGGGAAAGUUGUCCUUCUCAGUCGGGGUGGCUGUGGUUUCUUGGAGAAGGUGAAAUGGGUGCAACAACGAGGUGGCAUCGCACUGAUUGUUGGAGAUGACACCAGAGGCGGUAGCUUGAUUACGAUGUAUGCUCGUGGCGAUACUUCAAACAUCACUAUUCCAGCGGUAUUCACCUCUUAUACGACCGCUCAUUUAUUGUCUUCUCUGAUCCCGGAAAGAGCUAGCCUGGAGGGGAAAACGGACUCGAAGAAAGUUUCUCCGAAACAAAAACGUCCCGCUCAGCCUACGACUACCACGACGAGAAUUGCUAGUCAGCCCACAACUACUAAAGUUCCAAAAAAGGAUACUUCAGAGAAGAAAGAGGUGCGGAAAACAAAAGACAAUUACUUGUUCUCCGCGCUAUGGUCAUUGUUUGGCUGGGGACGAGACAACUCGAUAACAGAUGAUAGCCAUCGGCCACCAAGCAGUGGCAAUAUCGACUGGGUACUGAUUGAUGAAUAUGACGAAGAAGACGUCAGCAAAUCGAAGUCAAUGCAGUCUAGCAAAGACAAGGGAGCGAAAACGGAUAAAUCACCGAAAAACAGCGAUAACAAAUUGGCGAAUGACGAUGGCUUUGAAAUUGGAGUACAUGACUGGCGGGAUCCAGAUCUUGUACCAACUAAGUCUCCAAAAGGAAAAUCCUCAUCCGCUGGAAAGACCGAAUUUAAGGAAAAGGUUGAGAAGGCUGAUAGCAAGAUGGACGCUAACUUCAAAGGCGGCAGUAUCACGCCUGGCAGCGGGGAGUAUUCACACAUGGUCAAGGUCCCAGCUGGAACUGACAAGGACAAAAGUGUGAUUGGCAACGGUGGAAAGCUAUCAAGCGACAAAUCCAAAUCUGACGAAAAAAGCUGGUUUGCAAGACACUUUGGCUGGAACCAAGGUCUUGAUGAUGAACUAGAUCAGAUACUGAAGAACCGAGUACAACCGGCCAGUGAUGAGGUGACAUAUGUUCGCGAAGGAAAACAAGUCUUGGAUGAUCACCCCGGUCUUUGGGUUACUCUCACUCCGACGAGCAUGUCGACUAGCCCAUUUUUUGAUACCCUUCUAGUGCUCGUUGUAAGUCCAUUGAUCACCUUGACCGUCGUUUAUGCACUACUACUUUUGCGGUCUCGAAUCCGCCGCCGACGCUGGCGUGCACCCAAAUCAGUAGUCGAAAGACUUCCAAUCAGGACAUAUCAUACAAUUACCACUCACUCGACGUCAACAUCAAAUAGCCCGCGGUCACCGAGCCCUGGAUCUGUUACUUCGGUUACUUCAACGUCCCCUCUGCUCGGGUCGAGACCUCGAGAAGCGCAGGGCCGCUCUCGACAACGCUCCCAGACUGUGUCUGGAACGAAUAUUCGGACGCAUGACGCGACGCCGGUCAAAGAAGGAGUAUUCUCUGGAUCUGAUCUCUGGAGACGAAAGUACAUUGGACGUCAGGUCGAAUGUGUGGUUUGUUUGGAAGAAUAUGUCGAUGGUCAGAGUCAAGUGAUGAGCCUCCCGUGCGGACACGAAUUCCACGCGGAGUGCAUUACACCAUGGCUCACCACACGUCGACGCACUUGCCCUAUCUGCAAAGGCGACGUUGUCCGAUCAAUGGCCCUCGCUGAACCUACAACGCCCACCCAAGAGCAUACAUCCUCUACCCGCACAGCAUCUGUACAUAUCCUACCCGACGUCAGCGACGACUCAAAUCUAGAAGAAGGCCGAAGAGCAGACGAACCUUUACCGUCAGAAAGCCACAACGUAAACGAUAAUGCAGCUUCGUCUUCGACGCCUCAUCACUCUAAUUGGCGCAAUAUUCCAUCCAUGACCUUCUCCGUUCUGAGCGGAGACGGCAUGUGGCAUUCACGGAAUGAUCGCAGUAGAUAGAAUAUGUUUGGGUUGGGUUGGCGUACUUUGCGUGUACAACUGCCUUUUGUUACUUCAUUUGAUGCUUAGCGAUUUCUUAUUGUUUACUCCUUAUUACAUACGGUUGGUAUGGCGUACAAGGGAGCCUUCAAUUCAUACACGUCGUUUUGUUUACGUAUUCAUCUUAACUCCUCGGCUUGAUAAGAGUUUCUUAUCGGAAAGUAUAUGAUCUCGUCUUCUGAUUGGC